AUGGACUCUGAAUCUGUCGUCGCCCAAGUCCAGCGCAAAAUCGAGCUGCAAGCACCCGAGGAUCUCUCAUAUCUCAUCGCCAAUGUCCGUCGCGCAGCCGCAGAACGUAUCAACGAAGCAUUCCCCGUGGUAGAUGGCAAUGAUGGAGAGGAUGAAUUGCGAAAUCAUAUUGAAAAGCUCGUCAACGAGUACAUCGACAAGACAUUCUCCCUCGCCUCUCCAAAUCUCUCGAUAAACGGCCUCCCCGUAUCCCCAGACUCUUUCCUUUCCGAAUCAAAAGUCGAGCCCGAUACCGUUUACGAACCUUUUGAUACACGCAAACGUCGGCGUGUCGCAGAUUUAAUCACACAGGAAGAAAAGCUUCUCGAGGAUGUUGCGGCGUUGAAACGCUCGGUACCCGCUACGACGGCUGAGGCGCAAGCAGAGCAACUACGCGACAGUCUAAAGCGCGACGACGAUAUGCUCGAAGCACGAAAACAACAGAUUAUAGCAGAGGCCGCUGAAGUGGAUUUGGACGUCCAACCACUAGAGAGACAAGAUGGAGUGGAGAAAGGAUUCCGAAGAGCUGUCGAGGGUCUGGGAAGAUUGAAGCGCGAUAUGCCUGCCGUGGUGGCCAAGAUGGAGAGAGCGCGCGUGGCGGGCGAGUAUGUCGUUACGCAGGGACGAUAA